AUGCUUAAGACUGAAACAACAAAAGCCAUUGACACUUCAACCCCAGCUGGUCCUGAGGAUUCUAAGUCCGCUUUACCAUUAUUUGUUCCAAUUACCUUACCAAAUGGAACUACAUAUCAACAACCAACUGGUUUAUUCAUUAACAAUGAAUUUGUCUACCCUCAUGCUAAAAAGACUUUUGCUGAUAUUUCCCCAUCAACAGAAGAAGAAAUUACCCAAGUUUAUGAAGCAUUCAAAGAAGAUGUUGAUACUGCUGUUGAAGCCGCCAACGCUGCUUUCCAUUCUUCGUGGUCCACUUCCGAUCCAGCUACCAGAAUCAAAGUAUUAUACAAGUUAUCUGAAUUAGUUGAAGCUCAUGCUGAGACUUUAGCUUAUAUUGAAGCUCUUGACAAUGGUAAAUCUUUACAAUGUUCAAGAGGAGAUGUUGCUUUGACUGCUGCUUAUUUCAGAUCCUGUGCUGGUUGGGCUGAUAAGAUUAAAGGUUCAGUUAUUGAAACUGGUGACACCCACUUUAACUAUACUAGAAGAGAACCAAUUGGUGUUUGUGGUCAAAUCAUUCCAUGGAAUUUCCCACUUUUGAUGGCUUCUUGGAAAUUAGGUCCAGUUUUAGCUACUGGAUGUACCACUGUUUUAAAGACAGCUGAAUCAACUCCAUUAUCUGCUUUAUACUUGGCCACUUUAAUUAAAGAAGCCGGUGUUCCAGCUGGUGUUGUUAAUAUUCUUUCUGGAUUUGGGCCAACUGCCGGUGCCGCUGUUGCCUCUCAUCCAAAGAUUAAGAAGGUUGCUUUCACUGGUUCCACCAACAUUGGUAGAGUUAUUAUGAAAGCUGCAGCUGACUCUAACUUGAAGAAGGUCACUUUGGAAUUAGGUGGUAAGUCUCCAAAUAUUGUUUUUGACGAUGCUGAUGUUGAAAGUACUAUUCAACAUUUAGUUACUGGUAUUUUCUAUAACACCGGUGAAGUUUGUUGUGCCGGUUCAAGAGUUUACGUUCAAGAAGGUAUCUAUGACAGUAUUGUUGCUGCAUUCAGAAAGGCAGCUGAAGGACUUAAGAUUGGUAAUCCUUUCGACGAAGAAACCUUCAUGGGUGCUCAAGCUUCUAAGCAACAAUUGGACAAGAUCUUAAAAUACAUUGAACUUGGAAAGAAAGAAGGUGCUACUGUUAUUACUGGAGGUGAAAGAUUAUCUAAGAAGGGUUACUUUGUCAAGCCAACCAUUUUUGGUGAUGUCAAAGAAGACCACCAAAUUGUUAAGGAUGAAAUCUUUGGUCCUGUUGUUACCAUCACUAAAUUCAAGACUGUUGAAGAAGUUAUUGCUUUAGCUAACAAUUCCGAAUAUGGUUUAGCUGCUGGUGUUCAUACUACUGACUUGAACAAGGCUAUAAGUGUAUCUAACAAGAUUAAUUCUGGUACUAUCUGGGUUAACACUUAUAAUGAUUUCCAUCCAAUGGUUCCAUUUGGUGGUUACUCACAAUCUGGUAUUGGUAGAGAAAUGGGUGAAGAAGCUUUAGACAAUUACACUCAAGUUAAGGCUAGUGACGCUGUUACCAUUAGAACUAGAAAGGUUAUCUCCAACCCAUUAUUAGCUAGAAGACAAUUCGUCAUUGACGUCUUACACCCAAACAGAGCUAACGUCUCCAAAGAUGAAUUAAGAGACAAAUUAGCUGAAAUUUACAAGGCUGAAAAGGAUGCUGUUUCCGUUUUUGGUUUCAGAACCCAAUUCGGUGGUGGUAAAUCUACCGGUUUCGGUUUAAUCUACCAAUCCGUUGCCGAUGCUAAGAAAUUCGAACCAGCUUACAGAUUAGUCAGAUACGGUUUAGCUACCAAGGUUGAAAAGGCUUCCAGACAACAAAGAAAACAAAAGAAGAACAGAGACAAGAAGAUCUUUGGUACUGCUAAAAAGGCUGCUAAGAAGGCUGCUAAGAGAAACGCUGAUUAA